AGGUGCUUUCCUUUCCUGCUCUAACUAGAUAUAGUUACCCUCAAACAUUUUAAGUACCCUCCAGCACUGUUUCUACACGAGAGACACCGCCUAUUGCGGUCCGCAAAGUACGACGAGGAGCAAGACAGUUUUGUUUGCUGCCCCAUCUAUUUCUGAUUUGCAUGCUGCUGGUCUUUCACGCUUUGUUUCCCCACUAAUAUUGUAGGAUGGAGCUGGUUGAGCAUCUACGUCCCAUCGAUUACUAGAUUAUAUAUCAGUUUUUAGUUUUAGUGCCCCUGUUGGACGAUUCUUUCCUUCUCUCAUGGCGACAUCGAAAGCAAAGACGACGACGCGUCGCGAUUCGUCCGCGCGAAAAACGACGAAUCCCAAUCCCGGGCCCUUGCCGCUUCUGGACACUGAAGUUAUCAAAAGGAAAAAUGCCCCCUCCCCAUAUCGAAAACAUAAUUUGUGAUGCUGGAUUUGCGUACAGAAAUCAGAUUUGUCUUGCAGUAGAGGACUGCAGGCCCAUAUCAUGCCAAUAUAGAGUGAGAGGCUUUGGCCUAGGCACUUAGCAUGAGGAACGUCUAUGCUGUAGGACCAACAGCAUUACAAACCGCCUGCAUAAUCGGGCGGAGCCCCCUGUCGUUGAUUUCUUGCAAGACAAACCCGAUUUCUAGUCACAAAUCAGCAUCACAAAUUCUCAGAGGCGUUCCUUUUCGAUAUGGGGAGGGGUGACUUUUCCCUACGAUAGAAGUCGCUUCCGGCUCGCGUCGUCCUGAGGAGGAUGACAGCAUUGCUCCACCGGUCAAGAACACUGUUGCUGCAGACAGCACAACACUGACAUCUUCAGGCGAUGGGGGUGAUCUACCGAGCACCAAGAAGAAAAAGAAAAAGUCCCUGGUGCUGAAAACCCGGUCGGUGCGACGGACGCGGAAAAUACGUGCGACUGUUGGCGUUGAUCCGGAACAAGAUGGUGCCGCGGAUAAUAUGGUCCAAGAAGCACCAAGUGCAACUGGCGGAAGAAAAUCUUUGGCGGACUCACCGAAAAACAACUCGAAGAAGAGACUAAGACAACUACAAGAAAAACACGGCGAAUUGAUGGAAACGGAUGAAAUUUUUGUGCCAGAAGCAAAUGAAAAUAUCGCCUCCAAUCAAGUCGCAGCAGCACCUGUUUCUCCUACUCCUUCGCCAGAACCAGGGCAGCAGAGGACAUCAAAUCUUAAAUCCGCAAAGAACAAACUCUCCGCUUUUACAAAGAUGAAAACGGUGGAACAAUACACCAGGGUGAACACUUCCUUUGAAGACCAGAAAGGCGAGAAGAACUAUGCGCCAGGGAAGUCAAAGCCUGCGGUUUACGACACACAAACAGCCUUCGAACGCGGUGCCGACUGGGACCCGAUGCACGAUAGUGAAGACGAUGGACAACUACAUGAGGGAAAUUUUGUGACAAGUGAAAACAAGAAGCUCUCGGUUCCCGGGGACUACACAAGUGAGGAAGAAUUCCCCAGAGCAGCAGCAGAAGAAGAAGAAGAAGACAACGAAAUAACGCGCGGGUUCGAUAGCUCCGACGAGAAUAACCCCUUCGCCAACGUGCGGCGGCGAUUCGGCGAGUCGCAAAAGAUCAACGAGGAUCAUGGCGAGGGGGAAGUUCUCCAGUGGGACAGGAGCAGAUUUGAUAAAAAUAAUAAUGUGGGAAAAAUUGUUGCAUCUUCAGGUGGUUUACAACAACCGGUUAUCAGACCUAGCACGACCAUAUUUACGUCCGCUGAUCAAGAAGAACGACUACCUGAUGAAGAAGAAAGCGACAACCGGCAGCCCGCCUUCCGCGGUUCCUACGGAUUCGGGGCGUCGCGUCCCGUGGAAGCGGCGAAGCAGUUGGCAGAGGCCGGCCGCGCGUCGCUGAACUUCGCAAUUGGGUCUGUUUCGUCCAUGCUCUCUCUAGGGGAUGAGGCAGCACCGUCCGCCAUGCGCGGGAGUAUCGACUUCGGAGGUGUUAAAGGUCGCCCGAUGGGAGCGUCUUUGGUCUAUAAUGUUGCUGGAGAGGGAGAAGGACUAGCAGAUGUUGAGAAUGGCAGCAACUACUACAUGGAUGACCAUGAUGAAAUAAACUCCAUUGAGGACGACGAUGACAUUGCUCCGCGAUUCACGCAUUUGCACGAAUUUCUGUCGGGGCUCGACUUGUCGGAUCACGCAGAGGAGGACAUCCCGCCCCCGACACGACGCCCGGUGGCCGCGGAGGGGGAAGCGGUCAAUUUUGGCGUCGAGAUCACAGCUGGGGCGAACUCGGGCACAACUUCUACAGGGCGAACAAACGCGAAUAAAAUUAUGCAGCCGGAAGGGGAGAGAAGUAACAAUAAGAUAAAGCCGAACUACAUGAUGGCAAACAAGCUGGACAACAAGAACAAUUUGGUGAUAAAGGGCGGACAGGAAAAGGAAAGUCAAAGAUCCGUGAGUACCCCGCGAAGAAAAGCGCCACUAGACAUGGGUCGGGGGAAAAAGGCAACAGAAGGAACGAAAGCCGAUUCCACCAGCGCUGUAGCAAUCGUCAGUGGGGGGAACGCCUUGCCGUCGGCACUAGCAGCGUCUGCGGUGUUGGACAAAGAGAAUACAAUGUCAUCGAUUCCAGUAGCUGGUGCAACAUCUGGAGGUGUAAAAGAAAAAGUGGCCACAACAGUACCGACAACCCCACCCACUACCUCCCAGCAGCUCCAGCAAGUAUCCACCCUCGCAUCGCAGGUGAGUCACUUAGACGACAAAGUGAAUUUGAUCGCGACGGAACAAAUCCCGCGAUUGGAGGACCAAAUUGCGGCGGUGAACGAGGGCGUGCACCAGCACGGAAUCACGAUCGCGGACUGUAUGACAGCGGUGGUAGAGCAGCUGCAACAGGUCCAGAACAUUGAAACGUCGCUAGAGAGUGAGGUGGCAGAGGGGGCGAGAAACAAUAGUUUGUUGUCAGCGGCCACAGGAGCCUCAAAAGGGUUGACCAGCAAGAUGAAUAAGUUAUCAGGAAUUACCCAGAACAGAGGAGCAAGAGCAAAUAAGGGGAUCAUUGGCCGCGGGGGUGGCAAUAAUUACAAGAGCCAUCAUCUACUCAAGCCGAGCAGUAAAUUAACACCCAGAUCGCGAAAGAAAAAAGCUGAGGGCGAGGCGAGAAUAGACGAGGAGGAGGAGGAAGCGCAGUCUGAAGAGGACCCACAGCUCGAGGGCUUUGACGACGAGGAUGUUGGACAGCAGGAUCUUCCCACCACGCCAGAUCCUGAUGAUGAUCGUUCCAUAGAGAAAUCUAACCAAGAGCGUUCUUCUGGUGUGCAACCGUACGAGGUGGAGCGGGUGUUGGAUUUUGUCUAUUCGGAGGGCGGAUUUGAGAAAACCUUCCUCCACGAGUUUUCCAAGCGUGGGUCCGAUAAAGCGGCCCGGCAUCUGCACGCCCGGUUGAAGGAGUUUACGAAGCCGCAGCUGGAGUUACUGAUCGUGGAGAUGUGCCUGCAAAAGGCGGAGGAAGACCCGGCCAAGGAAAAGGAGGCGGAACAGGAGAUCGCGCGCGCGGAGGCGGUAUCAACUCCAAAAAUGUCUGGGUCUGGAAGACUCAUGCUGUUUUUGCAUGACACUGACACAGAAGGUCUGAAAUGGAAGCUCUAGCACCACAGGUUUCAUCGAGAAGCUUCCGCAAUGCCGAAUCCGCAUGACAAAUCCCCCAUUUUCUUGGUGACAGAAAGCGGGCAGCUUUUGCUACCUAUGCAUGACAGAUUUUUCUGUGUUCUGAGAUGCGCAUCACAAGUUCGGACUCUUCCAGGAGACCCAGACAUUUUUGCAAUCCAUAGGCGGACCAGCUGAAAAGGGAACUGGUAAAACUGCGAGUAUCCUGUGCAAAAGUAUCGUACUCGUAGUAAUCGCAGUUAUGCAUUACAAAUCUCCAUCCAAAGGCAAAACAGCAUGACAAAUUCCAUUUGUCAUGCUGAGCUAAUUUGUAUUGCAAUUACUACUACUACGAUACUUUUGCAGUUCAUAGCGCGAACGAACAGACGAUCUCGAAAUGGACCUGGCACGAGCGAAGAACGACAACGAGGAGUUGAAAGACAGUACAUAUGAUGUUGGAUUAUUGGUUUUUCUCUUAAUUUGACCGCUUUUGGUUUUUGUCUGUUUUCCCAGCAAGCGUGUGUCAGCAGGUAAGCAGUGAAUGCCUCUUUGUACUGUGUGUAACAAAAGCGAUGAAUUCUGUAUGGAUCAGAAAUCGGUAUUUUCUUUCCCAAAAACUCAAACAGCUCUGGGCGCUAUCCAGCUUGCCCGCGAGGGCACUGACGGCGACGUAAUUGUCAGCCGGUCAGACGUGCACAUUCUGCAGGAAGAGCUCCGGAUGGUUAACGAUACCUUCGGAGAGUACUGGCGCGAGCGGAAGCUGGAUAAAGAACUGUUUGCCGGAGUAAAGUUGUGAUGGAUUUGAAGUGCAACUCGCUGAGUACAUCGAGCUGGAAAGAAACAGGAAUACAUCAGUAAGAGUUCAGCUUACCCUUUCCAAUGUAUGAGAACACUAAAGCUGCUGUACCGUGUGGCACUUGAUGUAUCGG